CCCAGAGUUGCCGGGCAACAUCCUCCACUCGUUGUCAUCAUCGUCGUCGUCGUCGUCAUCAUGAGUGGCAGCCCCUCCACCUCCAUCUCUUCAGCUUCGGGAGUUUGCGAGGAAGCUUUGGCGGUGAGGCCUGUGCCUCUGCUGCUGCGUCUCUUGCGCUCUGUCGGUGCGACAGGCGACACGUUCACGCUGCCGCAGGUCUUCCAUCACCUGGGCGGCUACAUCAAGACGAAGCAACUCUACGACAAGCGGAGGCUACACAUGGUGCACUGCAAGGGCGACCCUCUGGGGGAGCUGUUCGGCGUGGAGAGCUUUUCCCUCAAAGAGCCGAGCUCGUCGCCCAGGUCGCUGGGCGCUCUCCUGGCCAAGGCGCUCGGCAGAGCCGCCACCGACAGACGCAAAGGUGGAGCCAGGCCUCGGCAAGAUCACGCGGCGGGAGCCGUGAAGGGAAGCUCAUUGGCGACGGCCGACGGAGACAAGCGGCAGGAACCGCAGCGACGAGGAGGAGACGGACACGAGGAGGAGGAGGAGGGCGUUGACGACGAUGUCAAAACGAAGACGUCGUCGGACGCCGUCUCCGCCGCUCCCUCGGCUCCCGCGAGCUCCGACCGCGACGUCAGCAGCAGCGGCAGCAGCAGCAGCAGCAGCAGCAGUGACAGCAGCAGCGGCAGCAGCAGCGACAGCAGCAGCGACAGCAGCAGCGGCAGCAGCAGCAGCGGCAGCAGCAGCAGCAGCAGCGACGCCAACGCCGCGUGCCUCGCGUGCCUCGUGUGCCUCGUGUGCCAGCACCGGCCCAGGAGCUGCACGCUCGUGCAUGGAGAGACGGGCCACCUGGUCACGUGCUGCGCGUGCGCCAAGAAGCUAAAGCGCCGCAACGAGCCUUGCCCCGCGUGCGGCAGGCCCGUCCACGCCGUCGUCAGGACGUACCUGCGGUGAGAGAGACGCCAGCUGACGUCACCGUCCACGCCGUCGUCAGGACGUACCUGCUGUGAGAGAGACGCCAGCCGGUAGCGGCGGCGUCUACGCCGCGGGCUGCGAAGCGGUGCCCUGGCUGAGCUCCGCUUGCCCAGACGGCAUUUGGCAUCCGCUGGGAAUCGCGUCGCGAUGGCCGACGGAUUGUUUGUCCAUCUGCUUCGUUUCAAAAGACCCCCACCACCACCAUCACCACCACCAUCACCACCACCAUCACCACCAUCAUCACCACCAUCACCACCAUCACCAUCAUCACCAUCACCACCACCAUCACCACCACCACCAUCAUCAUCACCAUCAUCACCACCACCACCAUCACCACCACCAUCACCACCAUCACCACCACCACCCACCACCAUCACCACCACCAUCACCACCACCCACCACCAUCACCACACCACCACCAUCACCACCAUCAACACCCACACCACCAUCACCACCAUCACCACCCACCACCAUCACCACCCACCACCAUCACCAUCAUCACCACCACCAUCACCACCACCACCAUCACCCACUACCACCAUCACCACCAUCACCACCACCAUCACCACCACCAUCACCACCCACCACCAUCACCACCCACCACCAUCACCAUCAUCACCACCACCAUCACCACCACCUUCACCACCACCAUCACCAUCAUCACCACCACCAUCACCACCACCACCACCAUCACCACCACCAUCACCCACCACCACCACCAUCACCACCAUCACCGCCAUCACCACCACCACCCACCACCAUCACCCACCACCAUCACCACCACCACCACCACACCGCCUGUUGAGUUUUUCUAUCUGGAAGUUGAUACUGAAAAUGUUAUCGACUAUGAGACAUCUCCUUUACCAGUGGCAAAAGGUAGUGGUAGGUUUUUACCCUUUCAACUGGUACUACAACUGAC